CUCCUCGUGUGCUCAUAGUCUUCUUUUGGCGCAGUAAAUAAGCCUUUAUUUACUUGUGCGUAUAUGCAGCACAGAGUGAGCCAAGAUACCGUCAGGCCCCUUCAACAACAAUGACGACCCCAGGCUCUACUGAAGGCGUCGAUGCGCCGGCCAAGCAGGGCGUCACGAGCCAGCAGCAAGGCCCCAACGACGAUGGCAUCGACAAGGCCGAGAGAGUCCUGUCGGCACACGAGAUCGAGUUCACCAAAAGCCACCAGGACUAUGACAAGGUCGACAAGGAGCUCGCACAGUACGUGUCGGCGGCGCGCAUCGAGAUCUCACCCGAGAAGAACGUCGAGUUGCGGCGCAAGAUCGACAGGCGCAUUCUGGUCGUCAUGGUCUGCACGUAUUUUCUACAGGCCAUCGACAAGGGCACGCUUAGCUUUGCCUCCAUCAUGGGCAUCGUCGACGACACGGGUCUAGUAGGGCAGGAAUACUCGUGGCUUACGACUUGUAUUUAUAUUACUAUCCUCAUCGUCGAAUACCCUCAGAACUGGAUCAUUGCGAGGGUUCCCAUCGGUAAAUAUCUCAGCUUCUGCAUCGUCGGCUGGGGCACCGUCCUCGCAUGUACUGCCGCCUGCACCAACUUCGCCGGCCUGGUCACGGUGCGCACCCUGCUUGGUCUCUUCGAGUCCGCCUGCCAGCCCUCCUUCGUCCUCCUGUCGUCCAUCUGGUACCGGCGGGACGAACAGGCCGCGAGGGUCAUCUACUGGUACAUGAUGAACGGUAUGCAGCAGAUCGUUGGGGGGCUGCUGGCCUACUGCUUCACCCUCAUCACCACAGGCCCGCUCAAGUCCUGGCAGUGGAUUUUUCUCGUUUAUGGGAUCAUCUCCAUUUUCUUUGGGCUUUUCGUUGGCUGGUGGAUGCCCGAUAGUCCUAUGCGAGCCAAGUGCUUCUCCGAGGAAGAUAAACACCUCAUGAUCGAGCGGGUCCGAGACAACCAGACGGGCGUGCAGAACAGAGUUUUCAAGAAGGACCAGCUCAUCGAGGGACUCCGCGAUCCUCAGAUUUGGGGCUACGCCAUCAUCGCCCUCUGCACCACGCUGCCCACGUCUGGCCUGGGCUCGUUCGAGAAUAUCAUCAUAGAGAGCCUUGGAUUCACCACACUGCAGACACAGCUGCUGGCCAUGGUUCUGGGGGCCUAUAUCAUUAUUGUCCUCCUCUCAUCUCUGUGGCUGGUCAAGAAGACGCACCAGAACCUGCUUGUCAUGCUGGCCUUUAUCAUACCCUCCUUCAUCGGCACCAUCUGUCUCAUGACCGUUCCUCUCGACACGCGAUCCCAACAUGUUGGCCUGCUGAUCAGCUACUACAUCACAUUCUCCUUCUGGAGCGCGCAGACAUUAAGCCUGUCCAUGAUCUCAAGAAACGUCGCCGGCCAGACAAAGAAGUCAGUCGCCAUUUCGAUCAACUUUAUCAUCUGGGCUACUGGCAAUGCUAUCGGUCCCCAGGUCUUCCUGAGCUGGGACGCGCCGCGCUACUUUACUGCUUUUGCUACCCAUCUCGGCUGUUACUCGCUGCUUGUCAUUGAUAUAUUGGCGCUGCGGUGGUACUUGACGUGGCAGAACAAGAAACGUGAUCAGCUGGCUGCGCAAGGUGUGCGGGAGGCGCAUGAUGAAUCGUAUUUGCAUGCCUUUGAGGAUUAUACGGAUAAAGAGAACCCUAACUUCAGGUAUGUCUAUUAGGGGAACUCAAAGUAGAUGUAGAGGUGAUGAGUUGAAUUUAUCCUAGGCUUGUGCCGUUGGAAUUUGUCAAUAUUGC